UCUCUCCAUAUCUCUCUCCAAAUCUUCAUCUAUUAUAUUGGUACUUGGCAUUGGGAUGGAAUAAUAUUUCUAUCCCUUCUUUGCCUUUCUCUUCCUUUCAACCAUGAAGAGAAAAUUCGAAACUGCAGAAGAAGAACAUGGUGAUUUUCUCGCACUCUCACUCUCUUCAUCAUCGUCGUCGUCUCUUUCUCCACCGAAACCUUCAUUAUCAUCGCCUCCAUUAUCAUUACCAUUACAAUACACUUCGUUUCCUUCAUCAUCGCACUCAAAUUUUUCGUCUGCACCUUCCUCAUCAAACCUUAACCAUCAUGAUUAUUCCAUUCCAAUGCAAAACACUGCAUAUCCUGAAAGACCCUUUUUCCCACCCUCAAUCACCGACCCUUUAUUUUUUCUUAAUCCACAACAAGUUGUUACAGAACCUGUGUUGUCAUUACCCGCCACACAGCCCUAUUCAAGCCUGAACCCAAACCCUAGCCGGAGACGUAUUUCUCGAAACCCUAAUCCUCAUGGGCCUGAUGGUGAUGAGAAGAGCGAGAUUCCUACACCGUUUCCAUGGGGAAAAAAUCGAAGAGCCAUGGUUCAGUCCUUGAGGUAUCUAAGGGAGAAUCAGAUAUUGACCAUUACAGGGAUGGUUCAGUGCAAGACAUGUGAAAGUAGCUGCGAGAUGGGGUUCGAUCUCGAAGCCAAGUUCGCAGAAGUUUCGACUUUCUUCGCGAUGAACGAGUGCAACAUGUACGACAGGGCUCCUAGAGUCUGGACGACUCCGAUAUUGCCGAUUUGCAAGAACUGUGGGAACAGCGUACGACCUGUCGUUUCGGAGAAGAAGAGGUCGAUCAAUUGGCUGUUCUUGUUUUUGGGCCAAAUGCUUGGGUGCUGCACGCUAGAACAAUUGAAGUACUUCUGCAAGCAUAAUGGGAUUUUUCGUACAGGUUCUAAAGAUCGGAUUCUCUAUCUCACUUACAUCGGACUCGGUAAACAGGUUGAUCCUACUGGCCCCUUUGGAUAUCAUCUCAUGUCCUGAACAUGUCGUUUGUUUGUUUGGUUGUAAUCAUGUAAUGUUUGCAGUACAUUCGUGUCCCAACACAACAUUAGGUUGCUGACCCUUCUCUACAUAUGACUCGUCUAUGAUACUCCAUAUUAUCAUGAAAGAUGGACGACAAUUGCUUGGUCGCGUCCCGAACACGUUGUUUAGUUUUAGAAACUACUAUAUGUGCUUUGACAGCUUUCGAAAUAGUCUUGUCUUGGUCAAUGGAUCGUAGAAUGCGUCCCAUAUGUGGUCUCUCCUAUAAGGCUCUCUGAUCUUUAAUAAAUUAUUUAUUACUUAUUGAACUGAAAA